GUCAGCUGAUCUUGGUGAGAACAGUGUUGUUAAGUUUUGUUGUCAUCCUGCAAAUGAAACCUUUUAACCUCAUCAGAUCUUAGCUUUUCUCAGAUUUACGUCAGAAAUUCAACAAGAGUCAAAAUGCGAUGUUUAAUAUCUCUAUUUUCAAUAGUCAUAUUACUAAUAUCAUUUGGGAAAUUCACCGAAACAACACAAGCAACUGAUGGCAACCUUUGGGAACAUGAUUUCAAACUGUCUGAAAAUGUUGUUCCGGAACUGUAUAAUUUGUUCCUGCACCCUAACUUAGAAAAAGGAACAUUCAGUGGCAUUGUUGAUGUUACUUUAAACAUUACGGCACCAUGUGAUUACAUUUCAAUACACCACAAAGGGUUGACAAUAACUAAUUCUAAACUGAAAUCUGAAAAUGGAUCCUUGAAUUCCAUUAAACAUGCCUUCGACUAUCCAAAAAAUGAAUUCUGGAUUGUGCAGCUGAAAACUAAAAUCAACCCUGGUACUUAUCGUUUGAUCCUGGAUUUCAGUGGUUCGCUUACAAAUGAUAUUGUUGGGUUCUACCGAAGUUCUUAUAAAAGUGAAAAUGGUGAAACUAGACACAUAGCAACAACCAAGUUUGAGCCGACUUAUGCUCGUAGAGCAUUUCCCUGUUUCGAUGAGCCUGCCUUCAAAGCUAAAUUCAAUGUUAGCAUUGUUCGUCCAUCCAAAGGCAACUACAUCGCUCUAUCGAACAUGAACCAAGUGGAAGAAGUGCCGGAGUCGCCAGGUCCAGGAUUAACAACUGUCAAGUUUGACACGUCAGUCCCCAUGUCAACCUACCUUGCGUGUUUCAUCGUGUGUGACUUUGAACAUCUCCCCACCAUCAAAACCAAACGAGGGCUCGAUGUCAAUGUAUACGCAAGAAGUGGACAAAUACAGAAAAUGGACUAUGCUCAGAAAAUUGCCGCCUCUACCAUAGACUUUUAUAUAGAUUAUUUUGGCAUUGACUAUCCACUACCUAAAUUAGAUUUGAUAGCAAUUCCUGAUUUUGUGUCCGGAGCCAUGGAGAACUGGGGUUUGAUAACUUUCAGGGAGACAUCGGUGUUAUAUGAUCCUGACUUCAGCUCCAGCGGCAAUCAGGUCCAAGUGGCUCUAACAACCACACACGAGCUGGCACACAUGUGGUUCGGAGAUCUAGUCACCAUGAAGUGGUGGGAUGACCUCUGGUUGAACGAAGGGUUCGCCACCUUCAUAGAAUUCAAAGGAACGCACCACAACCAUCCAGAGUGGGAUAUUGACACGUAUUUUCUUGUCCACGAUCUGAGUGAUGCUCUAAGCCUGGACGCAACUCUCAGCUCUCAUCCAAUAAUCAAACACGUCUCUCAUCCUGACCAGAUUACUGAGAUAUUCGAUCGGAUCUCUUAUGCUAAGGGAGCAUCAGUGAUCAGGAUGCUGGAAGGGUUCAUGGGUCCAGAAAACUUCAGACAAGGAGUCGUGUCCUAUCUGAAGAACUUCCAGUACAAAAACGCAGACACCAACGACCUGUGGCAACAUCUGCAGCAGUUCUCCAACGGUGUCAAUGUUCCACAUGUGAUGGACAGUUGGACUCGACAGAUGGGUUAUCCCUUACUGACCGUAACCAGAAAAGGAGACACUGUCACGGUUACGCAACAACGGUACACUGCCGACAAGAACGCUACAUUUGAUCCCAACGAAUCAAAAUUCAAGUACAAAUGGGAUGUCCCUGUUACGAUUUUCACCUCGUCUAACAACAAACCAACAUUGAACUGGCUUUUGAUGGACAACCCUUCAUUAAGUAUCAACGUGAGGGGUGUGGACUGGUACAAACUCAACUACCAUUUUGUGGGCUUCUACAGAGUCAACUACCCUACAGAGGAUUGGGCAACCCUCACAAAACUGCUCAUGGAUAACAUUACGGCGCUGGAUGCGGCAGACAGAGCCAACUUGAUCGAGGAUGCCUUCAGUCUGGCUGAGAGUGGGAGGUUAGACUUCAGUGUGGCGUUGGCUCUGACGGGGUUCCUGGCGCAAGAGACGCACAUUGUGGUGUGGGAUCUGGCAUCCAACCAUCUGCUGAACAUAGACGCUCAUCUCUUGUACACUCCUGCCUACUCUGACUAUAGGCAUUACCUGCGAAAACUAAUCAGUCCUCAUAUCAAUGACUCACUGUGGAAUUUCUCUCCUGAUGCAACUUUUCUUCAAAGAUCUCAACAAGUGAAAAUGAUUUCACUAGGCUGUAGGGCAGGAGUGCCUGCAUGUUUGGACAAAGUCAAACAGAUGUUCAACACGUUUCUAGAGAACGGCACCAAACCCCAUGUGGAGAUCAGGAAUGUUGUGUAUUCCUUUGGUAUGGCUGAGAGUGGGGAACAACAAUGGGACCGUAUGUGGGACAAAUAUCUGGCAGAAACAGAUCCUCAAGAGAAGGGACGACUACGCAGGUCUCUUGCUACGAUCAAAGAGCCUUGGAUUCUUGCUCGGCUGAUAGAAAGAGCAAAGAAUGAAGAUUAUGUCCGAUCUCAAGACUACUUUGGCUUGAUGGCUGCAAUUGCUGGAAACCCAGUUGGCAACAAUCUUCUGUGGGAUUGGGUCAGGGCUAACUGGCAAUACCUAGUGGAUAGAUUUACCCUCAACAACAGAAGUUUUGGAAGACUGUUACCCUACGUGGCUGGAAGCUUUUCAUCAGACAUCAAAUUGAAGGAGGUGGAACAAUUCAUUGCUCAACACCCUGAGGCAGGAGCAGGGGAGGCUGGGAGAAGAGCUACUUUGGAAUCCAUCAAACUGAACAUUGCUUGGCUCGAGAAGCAUCUGGCCCCACUCACCGAGUGGCUAAAGACUGCUUGAACUCUUUCUGUUCCUUACAAUUAAAGUAUUUUGUAAUUUAA